CUCAGGUUGGAAGGCAGUUUGUUUCACUCACUCUUCUCUCUUCCGAAGCGGUAACUCCUCAUCAGACAAAGGGGUCGCAGAUCCAAUACAGGGAAAAAGUUAUCCUAAUCUUAUUUUUUUGCCACCUUCUCAUCAAAAAUAAUUAUGGCCGAUGCUGCAGCUGACACGACCACCACCGAGGUUACACCUAAGGAUCUGAAGGAGAAGAAGGAAGGCGCGGAAGAGGUGGAGAAGGUGGAGCAGGAGAACGGCAGCGGAGACGCACCUGCCAACGGCACAAAGACGAACGGUGCUGACCACGGAGAGGAAACCCCUGAGGAUGAGGAGGAGGACGAUGAGGAGGGAGAGGGAGAGGAGGGUGAGGGUGGAGAGGAAGGUGGUGCUGAAGAGGUGGAUGGACACGCUGUGAAGCGCCCAGCUGAAGAAGAGGAAAAAGCCGAAACAAAAAAGCAGAAGACAGAGAACGGUGACUCCACAGAAGCUGAAGUGAAAGCCUAGAACCUGAGCCUGCGCUCCCCUGGCUGUCCGCAGCCACCCUGACGCAGAGCAGGCUGCAGUUUUAUGUACAUUUCACAGACGAGUCUUUUUUUUUUUUUUUUCUCCCCCCUCAGAUAUUUGCACUGGAGUCCCGUAACACCACGGCCCCUUUUUUGUAAAAUGUUAUUUAUUGGUCCCUGUAUGACCAGUUUUUAUUAUUGCUGCAAAUGGGGCCCGCUCUAAAGAACAGUGCUCUCUUCCUAAAGUAUAAAACAGUUAUCAAGCACAUUUUCUACUUUGUUACCUGACCUGCUGCCGCCCACUCUUAACAGCUGUGCCCUCUCUAAGGUUCAGACACACAUGACCUCAAACUCACUCAAGACCAAAAAUAAGUUUUACUGUGGGGAUAAUGGUUAUUAGCAUUAGUUCAGCCUUGUCUGUUUGUGUUAGUAGUUACAUCAGCAGAUGGCACAUGUGCAUUAAUGGUCCACUUGAUUGUGUGUAAAUGACAAAACUGUUGGCUUUACUGAUCAGAUACAGUAAUCGUCCCCUCUUGAAACCUUGAAAGUUUUGGUCUGUCUGUAUGAUUUUCAUGAGCUUAUUUUUCACACUCUGUACAGUUUUUUUUUUAUUGUCUGUGGGGGUACUCAGCCACCCCCCCCCCAGCGGCGCUGCUUAAAGUGGCGUACCUCUCCUUUCCUGAGCAG